AUGAGGACAGACGUGUGGAUUGUCAAAGCGUUGGUGUGUGUUGUGAUUUCUCUGGUGGACCCAGGUUGCUGUCAUCCAAAAUUACAGAAAUAUGAGAAGACUGAGAACCACAUGUUGGUUUGCACAGGCUGUCCCCAGGACUCAAAUGUACAAACCACCCGCUCGCAGGAACGCUGCGCCCGCAAAUGCAGAAAGGACAAAAAGCUUAGCUGCAGGGCCUUCAACUUUGAAAGGCACAACAACAAAUGCCACUUGCUCCCCUUCGAUCGACUCACACCCGGCGCGCAGAUACAGGCAAACGCCAACUUUACACUUUACGAAAGCAAAGAUUACAUAAGGGAGUGCAUUGUUGGCGCCAAGGGCCGCUACAGAGGGAGGAGGUCUUGGACGAAGUCAAAUGUCACUUGUCAAGCUUGGUCUGAUACGAACAUCAAUGACCACACGUUUUACCCUCACAAGUACCCGAAGCAGGACCUCAGGGAGAACUUCUGUCGAAAUCCCAACAACGACCCCGGUGGUCCUUGGUGCUACACAACAGACCCCAACAUACGCACCGAGGAGUGCGGCCUGCCCCAGUGCUCCGAGCAGGUGUGUAUGACAUGUAACGGGGAGGACUACCGGGGGAAAAUGGACCAUACGGAGAGUGGAAAGGAAUGCAAGAGAUGGGACUCAUUGAAACCACACAGAUCCCAGUUCCAGCCCAGAAAGUAUCGUCAUAAAGACUUAAAGGACAAUUACUGUCGUAACCCGGAUAACCGUCUCCGUCCCUGGUGCUACACCAUGGACCCCAAGACCCCCUGGGAAUACUGCAACAUCACUGUCUGUGUCUCAGACUCAAGUGAAGCCACAGACAUUAAUGAAACGACAACCUGCAUCCAGGGAAAAGGCGCAAAUUACCGCGGCACGAUGAACCUCAGUCCGGAAGGUGUGACUUGUCAGCGCUGGGACUCCCAGUUUCCCCAUAACCAUUCUUACAUCCCCGAGAACUACAAAUGCAAUGUGUGUGUUUGCUACAGAGACCUCAGAGAGAACUACUGCCGUAAUCCUGAUGGUGCCAGUUACCCCUGGUGCUUCACUACAGAUCCAAAUCAGAGGAUAGCCAACUGCACCCACAUCCCUCGGUGUGACACCGAGGUUGCAAAAAAGACAGAAUGCUAUGAAGAAAAUGGUGAGAACUACCGGGGCACGCUGGCCAUAACUCGAUCAGGAAUCCCCUGCGGAGACUGGUCCCGUCACAUAAACAGUGGGGAUUCUCACUCCACUGUACCCAGCGGAGGGUUGGAGAAAAACUACUGCCGAAACCCAGACCAGGACAAGCACGGCCCUUGGUGCUACACCAAUCCAAACAAUCGCUUGGCUUGGGACUACUGCAGGCUGAAGCACUGUGAAUCUCCAACGGUGUCUCCCCAGCUGAGCACUCUAGCCGUGCACAAGAUAUCCUGCUUUGUGCAUAUAAACACCAGAAUCGUCGGAGGACACAAAGUUCAGGGUACAGAUGGAAGCUGGGUUGUCAGCAUCCAAAGAGAGGAUGCUCACCUGUGUGGCGGCUCACUGAUCAGGGAGGACUGGGUUCUGACAGACCAGCAGUGCUUCACUUCCUGUGUUCCAGAUCUUAAAGACUACAGUGUGCAGGUGGGCCUUCGCCACCUGAACGAGUCCUCCAGCCACCCCAGACUCCUCAUUACUCGUCUGGUCUGCGGUCCAGAAGGAUCCAAUCUAGUCCUGCUUAAACUGGCACGGCCGGCCCCUGUGUCCGAGGGAGCCUCCAACAUCCACCUCCCAGUAAAAGACUGCAGCAUCCCAGAGGGCACCAACUGCACCAUGUACGGAUGGGGGGAAACCAAAAACACAGGACAUGACGAGGCGUUGAAAACGGUAACCAUGCCCAUGGUCAAUAACCACAUGUGCUCACAACUCAAAGGUGAUGCAGGCGACAGCAGGGUGUGCGCCGGCGGCAAGAGGGGUGAAGGCGUGUGUGAUAAAGACAACGGUGGCCCACUGGUUUGCCAGGAGCAUGAACGCAAGGUCAUUGUGGGCGUGAGCAUCCAGAGGACAAAGUGUGCCUCGUCACAGCCGGCACUCUUUGUCAAUGUGGCUUUUUACUCCGAGUGGAUAUACAAAGUCUUCAAACUCUACCCCAGCUACGAGAGGAACUAAGACCACGGUGUCCAAACCAGCUCCGUGCAGGACCGUAUGAG